CCAUCAGCCGUCAAACUCAAACCCACAUCAUGCUAGGUAUGCGCUAUAAGCAGUUCGAAACGAAAAGAGAGCGUCAAGUUUGGCACUGGUGCUCACGGUGAUGUGUUGUGUAUGCUGACCAGCAUUUUCCAUUGGCUAGCAGGUUUGACACUAUUUUUAUUUACGGUCCACUAUCUGUAUUACAUCGUGACCGCGUUACGAACCCCGUCCAGCAGCGGCGGUGGCCACAGCAGGAUGCAAUCCGAGGACGCAAAGUACAUCAAAAAACGAUGGAAGGGUGGAACCAUCGAACCGCAUCCUACAGAAAAGGCCCUCAUCGUCAACUACAAAUUGGAGGCCGCUGUUUUCGGUGAACCAGGAGACCCAAUGCUUGAAGAUAAAAAGGACUGCCAGCGGAUAAUACGGCUUAAAUCACUAAAUGCCAGAACUGACCCAGCUGUUUUGGCUCGGGAAGUGGUGGAAAAAUGCGAUCUCAUUCACAAGUCGCAACUCUCCGAUAUUGAACAAAUAAUCUACUACCUAAAGAAUCGUAAAAAUGUGGAAACUUCAACGGCCGGUAGUAAUGCAUCGAAUGGUGCUUCCGGUUUGCGUGUAUCGUCCCGCUCUGCUUCCGGCAAGGUAAGUCCACACGAAACAGAGAAAGCCACGAUCCGUAACAUCGACGAGUACAUUGAGCUACUGUACGAGGACCUACCGGAGAAGAUCAGGGGCUCGCGGCUUAUUCUACAGUUGGCCCGCGAUCCAGAUAAUUUGGGCGAACUGGAAAAGAAUGAAGCCGUGCUUAGUGCUUUAUCCCGCGUACUACGAGAAGAUUGGCGCCGUUCGUUGGAUCUAUCAACCAACAUAAUCUAUAUCUUUUUCUGUUUCUCCACAUACACCAAUUUCCAUUCGGUAAUUGUGAACUAUAAGAUCGGUUCAUUAUGCAUGGACGUGAUCGACUACGAGUUGCGUCGGUACGAUCAAAUGAAAAAUGAUUUGGAUGCUCGUAGAGGGCCCAGCGGCAGCAGUAGCGGAGAAAAGGGAGCCAAAGAAAAGGAAAAGGAGGUCAAUAAGAGUACCGAAUAUUUGGAUACAAUCGUUGAUCAAGAAAAGCCCAAAGAAAUGGAACCACCGCGGCGACGAAUACCGGAGCUCAAACAGCGGCCGAAGUCCGGCAAUUGGUCCAGUUAUCACGGAAAUAUGAGCUCGCCGCUAGUAAAAGCGCACAAUCUAAAUAACAGCUAUCAUGAGCAAUUGUCGAGAGAAACAACGGCUUCGAAUGACAGCCUUAACUCAAACCAGUCACCGGAUAGCGAGAAACCCGAUCCGAAGAAACAGAAGGAUGAUUAUGAUAAGAUUAAUAAACAAUUUAAGAUAUUCGCCAAAAAGCAGGAGCAGUUACUGAGGGUGGCAUUCUAUUUAUUGUUGAAUAUUGCUGAAAAUGUUAAACUAGAGGAAAAGAUGCGCAAAAAGAACAUUGUUAAAAUGUUACUGAAAGCAUUGGAGCGACAAAACUUUGACCUGCUAGUGCUGGUCGUUACAUUCCUUAAGAAACUUUCGAUUGUUCGUGAUAACAAAGACGAAAUGUACGAACUGAACAUAGUGGACAAACUGCCUCGUCUUUUGCAGUCUCAAAAAGACUUGGUGCAAGUGACGCUUAAACUACUGUUCAAUCUCUCAUUCGACGCACGGUUGCGAGCGAAAAUGAUACGAGUCGGUUUCCUACCAAAACUAGUCACAUUUUUGAGCGACGACAAGCAUCAUGAAAUAGUUACUAGAAUUCUCUACCACAUGAGUUUGGACGACAAGAUAAAGUCAAUGUUCACUUAUACAGACUGCAUUCCGGUUGUGACCGAUAUGCUGUUGUUAAAUCUAAACCAAAAGUCCGAUCCGGAUUUGAUUGCACUUGGAAUAAAUCUAGCCCUAAACAAACGGAAUGCAGCACUGAUGAUAGAGAACAACCGACUUCACAACAUGAUGUCCCGGGCGUUCAAAUAUCAAGACACUCUGAUGAUGAAGUUGAUACGAAACAUUUCACUACACGAAUCACUGCGCAUGCACUUCGUGGAUUUCGUCGGUGAUCUGGCCAAGAUAUUGACCGAAUGUGAUGACGAAGAGUUUACUGUGGAAUGUCUUGGAAUACUGGGAAACCUUGCUCUGCCUGAUCUGGAUUACUCACAGAUUAUCCACAACUUCAACCUCAUUCCACUCAUUCGAAAUAUGCUAGUACCAGGUAAAUAUAAGGAUGACCUGGUCCUGGAAACAGUCGUUUUUCUUGGCACCUGUGCGUCAGAUGAAUCCUGCGCUAUGCUACUGUGCAAAGCGGACGUCAUUCUGUCACUUAUUGAGCUGCUCAAGGCCAAACAGGAGGACGACGAAAUGGUGCUGCAGAUCGUAUUCGUCUUCCAGCAGGUGCUGCGCAACGAAAGCACCAGGAUUUACAUGAUCAAGGAGACUGAGUCUCCGGCCUAUUUGAUCGAUCUAAUGCACGACAAGAAUGCCGAAAUACGAAAGGUGUGCGAUUUCUGUCUGGACAUUAUUGCCAUUAGUGAUAACGAGUGGGCCUCACGCAUAAAGCUGGAAAAAUUUCGCAAUCACAACUCCCAGUGGUUGAGUAUGGUAGAAACGCAGGAGGAAAUCGAUGACAUUCAGGACUAUGGACCAAUGGAUGAUGACGAUGGAGAUCUGCCAGCAUAUCUAACGUCUGACUAUUUAGAUCAGUGCAUGCUGUACCAAUCAGGAGAAUCGAAUGACGAUGGAGAAGCAAAUAAUCGGUCAACUUCCGCCAUGUCGAACUAUAGCAGACCAACAAGUCGCUAUAGCCGUGAUCUGGAAGAUUUUGAAGUAAUUUCCUAGAGUGGGGCGGAGCAAGGUUUGUAACAGGGCAAUUAGACCAUUUUUCAAUUCCUGUUGCCGUUGUCACCAAAUGGUAUAAGUCAAGUAAAAUCCUUUGAACUUUGCAUGCAGACUUUGCCCCAUCUUUCCUACAUACACAUUCUUUUGUAAAAACAGAUUGUUCAAAUACAAAUAGAUAUCAUCAAUGACGACAUGACAAAGAAACUAACCACAAAAAUAUCUGCUGGCUGCUAUUGAAUGUGCUUUGCGCCCGUUGAAUUGGGAUUAUAUUUAAAGUUUGAGAUAAAGAUUAACAGUAACUAUGUUACAUUCAAAAGAAAAUAUCCACGAAAACAUUUUAACACUCGAGCAAUCAAACAAAUAUAAAUAUUUAUAGCAUCCGUAUUUAAAAAGAGCGCUUAAAAUAAUCACAUGUUUCACAGAAAAAUAAUUUUCUGUAACAUAUAUAGUAAAAUCGGUGAUGAUGGUUUUGGUACCUAGUUACAUCUCGAACAAUGUUACCAUUUCGAGGAUAAAGAUACAGAAUUCUUUUCCAAAUUUCAAACAUAAAUUGGUAUGUACAUUAUUUAUACUUGUCAGCUUCUCUAAACAUUCUUGGUGCGAACGGAAAAUAAGUCGUACAUAUUUUUUGCUCAAUAGAAAGCAGUAUUUAUUGUUAGAACAAAAUUGGAAGAAAUUUUUAUAACACCUUAUAUAUUUGACUGUGACUUACUCCGAAUGCGAAUAUUGAUUUAACUCCACUAGUUUGACUUUACCAAAGAACAAUUAAAGAUGAACAAACACCGCUUAAUUACAAAAACAAUAUCACACACGCACAGGUAGCUUUGAAUGAUUUCCUAUACGAUUAUAGAGAUGUGUGAUUCCUUAUAUGCACCUGUUCCCACCCUAUUUUAUUUUAAGAGAACAAACGAACGUAUUUUAAAAUGCAAUUAUAGAAAAAAAAAUUCGCAAAUACGCUUUGCAAGAUUGAAACUUAUGUUUGUGUGAGCCAAAAAGCAAUGCUAUAUAAUAAGCAUUUUUAGAUAACGAGUCAGUUCACAUUUCUUGUAGGAAAUAACAAUGUUUGCUAACAAGACUUGUUGAAUGGGAACAAGUUAUUCGUGAUUUCUAGUCUUUUAUCAUUUGUGAUAUGAUUGUUCAACUCUCCAGAAAUAUGACAGCCUAAUUCUGUUGGUCACGCUUUCGAUAUGCUUAAUGCUUUACUAUUUUCUAAUAUUUGAACACUUGUUUUCUUUUUAUUUUGGUGAUUGAGCUAAACUGAGACGUCUAUAGGUUCGCAUUAAGUGCUUAAAAUUAUUGUAUUAUAAUAUUUUAACAAAUGCGUUUACUAUGAUAGAAAGUGCAUGACACACAA